AUAGAAGCGCAGUUUGUCGAGGGAUCUAUCUGUCUGUCUGUAGUUGUAGUUGUAGUUGUAGUUGUACAUCUGAUAUCUAUCUAUCUAUCAAUCACAUUCAUCACAGCGAAGCGAUGUCUAGUUCGGAGGAUGAAGGAGGAGAAGAGUACCUCUUCAAGAUCGUGAUAAUCGGCGAUUCUGCGGUUGGGAAAUCCAACUUGCUCUCACGGUACGCGCGGAACGAGUUCAACAUGCACUCCAAGGCCACCAUAGGCGUCGAGUUUCAGACUCAGAGCUUGGAAAUUGACUCCAAGGAAGUCAAGGCUCAGAUUUGGGACACCGCCGGCCAAGAACGCUUCCGCGCCGUCACCUCCGCCUACUACAGAGGCGCUGUCGGUGCUCUUAUUGUCUACGACAUCACCCGCCGAACCACUUUCGAUAGCGUCUCUCGCUGGCUCGACGAGCUUAAGACUCAUUGUGACACGACCGUGGCAAUGAUGCUUGUUGGCAACAAGUGUGAUUUGGAGAAUAUAAGGGCGGUAAGCAUUGAGGAAGGCAAAAGCCUUGCAGAAGCGCAAGGCUUGUUUUUCAUGGAAACCUCUGCCUUGGACUCCACAAACGUUAGGACAGCUUUUGAGAUGGUUAUUCGAGAGAUCUACAACAACGUUAGCAGGAAGGUCCUCAACUCAGACACCUAUAAGGCUGAAUUAUCUGUCGACAGGGUCAGCCUCGUUAAUAAUGGAGCCGCUACAUCAAAGCAAUCCAAAAGCUAUUUUUCUUGCUGUUCAACAUAACCUGCUUUGUCAAAUUGGAAUUUGGUUUUUGUUGGCUGGUUCAUUCAAUUGGGUUGGCAUGUUCCUUGAUGAUGGGUAUGAUGGUUUGAAGAGUUUUUCAAUUACAACUAUAAAGACAUAUAGUAAAGAAAAUGGCAUAUUCAAUUAUAAGGAAAGGGGUAUAAUUGUAUAAUGGGGGUACGAAGAGCUUGUAAUUGCAGCAAAUGAAGUGGACAUCCAUUUGUGUUGUGUUUAGUGAAAAUCUCUAAUGAUUUAUUGGCUGUGCUGAGAUUGUUAUUUUCCUAGCUAUUCCUUUUCUUGUCA